UAUUUGACCUUGACUCGACUCCCUACAUUUAACAAUACACUGUGCAUGUGUACUACAAAUGAAAUGGAGGAUCCAGUGGCCAUAGAAGCGCUUAAUCUGUUCCCAGAGAAUACGGUGGAGAAUCUGACAAGUGGACUCUUGUCAGUACUCGAGCCAGAGAUCAGCAGAGUCCUGCAGAGUGUCAAUGAGCUUACUGCCAACCAGGAGGAGAUGCUGACUUCAAUGAGUGAUAAGAUCUCACAAUUUGAUGAGUCAGCAUUGUCUAAAGACAUUCAAAGUACAUUGCAGCAAGCUCCUGCCUACAAACAAAAACUGUCCAAUCUAUCAAAGAAAAUGGUUUCUCUAAACAAGCGAGUGAAAAGACUUCAAAGCCGUGCUGGGAAGCUGAGGGAGGUCAGAGUGGCGAGAGACAAACAAAGGAAGAAGGAUUUUGAAAUCAAGAUACAAGAGGAGAAACUGUUGGAAGCAAAACCUCCCAAAUAGACACUACUUGUACUAUCUUGUGUGUGUGUGUGUGUGUGUGUGUGUGUGUGUGUGUGUGUGUGUGUGUGUGUGUGUGUGUGUGUGUGUGUGUGUGUGUGUGUGUGUGUGUGUGUGUGUGUGUGUGUGUGUGUGUGUGUGUGUGUGUGUGUGUGUGCAGCAAAGGCACUUUUUCCAAAUUUUUGCGUAAAGUGGUUGGCUAUUUGUUAUCCAUCGUAUCGGUAAA